CCCGCCGCUCUCCGGCGAGAGCAGGCCGUGCCCUCAGCAAAGAUGGCGGCCGCGGGAUGCGAGCCUUGACGAACCGCCGGCGUCGCUCGCCCCUCCCCUCCCGCGGGAGCGACCGCGCGCACCGGUGACGCGCAAGGGGCGCGACGGCCGGAGCGGCGGGGACCGGAGCACCUUGAGUGAUGCCCAAGAAGUUCCAAGGUGAAAAUACCAAGUCGGCUGCUGCCCGCGCGAGGAAAGCUGAGGCAAAGGCAGCAGCCGAUGCCAAACGUCAGCAGGAGCUGGAAGAUGCCUACUGGAAGGAUGAAGACAAACACGUGAUGAGGAAGGAACAAAGAAAGGAAGAGAGGGAGAAGCGGCGGCUGGAGCAGCUGGAGCGCAAGAAGGAGCUGCAGCGCCUGCUGGAGGAGGAAGACUCGAAGCUGAAAGGGAAGUCACCCAAGCAAGUCACUCCGGGCAAAGUCACCAGGGCCCAGAUCGAGGAGACGAUCAGAAAAGAGCAGCAGCAGCAGGAGAAUGCAGAUACAGUGGAGAAGGAGAAGACUCACUUGGAGGUUCCCUUGGAAGAGAACAUCAACAGAAGGGUACUGGAGGAAGGAUCGGUGGAGGCCAGGACGAUUGAAGAUGCCAUUGCUGUCCUCAGCGUUGCCAAUGAUCUGGACCGGCACCCCGAGCGCCGGAUGAAAGCUGCCUUCACGGCUUUUGAAGAGGUCAAUCUACCACGCCUGAAGCAAGAGAACCCCAACAUGCGCCUGUCCCAGCUCAAGCAGCUCCUCAAGAAGGAGUGGAUGAAGUCUCCAGAAAACCCCAUGAACCAGAGGCACAAAGCUUACAACAGCCAAAAGUAGAACUUAGAGCUGAUCGUCCCCCACGGACAGUGGGCUGGAGCCACAGGGCUCUGCUUGGAUGAAAAUAAGAGACACAAGAAACCCUCUCCUUUUGUUUCCUUUCCCUGUCCCCACUUUCUGUCUUUCUCUGUUCUUGGAUUUAAGAUAAGCACGAGGUGAAGACGGCCUGUCCCUCCCGACGUGCUCACCCCUCUGCAGGCAGCUGGUACAGAGCAACCCAGACAGACUAACACUACCUUCAUGCUUCCAAAUUUGGUUGUUAUCUUACAAAAAAGCUACUAACUCGCUUCCAGACCUUCAGCACGGGCAGCAGUUUGUGAGGUGUGAUGUCAGAGCUGCCUGCUGAGGUAGGGGAUGCUGGCUAGCACCGCGCGUUAACCCGCUCACAGCCCAGACCUGCGUUCAUCCCUGUCUCUACUGUGGCUGCACCGCACCCUCGUGCUCUGCAGGGUGAAUUUUUGCAUCUGUCACGAGGAAGGUGCCUGCCCUCAUGUCGUCCUCGGUGCUGGGACGUCCCCAAAGAGAUUCCAGACUGGGAUCGCUGUUGGCCCUGCCUGCUGCCGGCCACCUCUCGCCUCCUGAUCUCGACUGGCGGUGCAUCAGACAGGGAGGAGGAACCCCAAUGGGAGCAGAAGCUCUGUUGUGGGGAAGAGAGAAAAUAACCUUCCGUCUUCAAUACAAGAAAUAACAGCGCAGCGUGGUUCCUGCCUUCUCUGCGCAGGACACUGGUGCCGGACUUCUCUGUGUGACUUUCCUGGUGGCCUUGCCCAGAGCCUUACACACUGCUGGUGGGACAGGAGGGUUCCUGGAGGGGCUGCAACCCCGCGCUACCCAACAACUGCCCCAGGAAGGGAAGCUGCUGCCUCUCCUAUUGCUUCUUUCCCCGCCUGCUCUCGGGCUCAGGCAAGAAGGUGCUCUGUGGGCCCAUGGAAGGGGACACGAGACUGUCGGGCUCAGCAGCUUCCCCCGCCGCUGGACCGAAGGCACUGGCCUGGCUGUGUCGCCUCUGCUCCCCUCGGCCGCAGCCCCACGGUCUGUCCGCUGGUCCAGGCCGGAAGAAAUCGGUGAGCUCCCGCAGCCAUGGCAGAGUCCUGCCCCUCGCUUCGAGCAGCCACCGGGUUUUCCUCUUUUCCCUUUCCCCUUCCCAUCUCUUCUCUCCUUUGGGAGUGAAAUUCCUUCCUAAGGUCUAAACCCUUGACCGGGCAGCAGCUCCGUCGCCGUCGGCACUUACCUGUGUGUGUAACCGGGGCUGCCAAACCCAGAGCAGCUCGUGGCUGGUUUGGCAUCCCGCCGGGGUUUCAUCUGAUGGCACUAAACAAAGAGGGUAACGGGCAGCGCGUGCCUGCGAGCAGGCAGGGAGGGUUGCAGAGGCGUUUGCACUUUGGGGGUGAGGGGGGGGGUUUGAGGAGGCGAUGCUGUUUUGGGGUUCUCCCCAGCCCUCCCCACCCUGCUUGCAGGUUGAAGGAGCUGGGUCAGCCCCUGCCACUGUGUCCCCCCCCCACACACACACGCUCCCCCGUGCCCAGCCGGUAAAGCCAGGGAGGAAUGCACCCCGCGUCUCCCCUUUCUGUGAGAAGUUUGUUGUGUUUGAACCCAAUUAAAAAUUAAAAAACCAA